AUGUCUAUUGAUUCUUGCUACGAAAACGUCAUUGCAAAGCUAACAAAUCAGGGGAAAAUCAAGGAUAUUUCCCAGAAACUAUUAUCAUUAACAACAAAUGGCGAAAGAGUUUUGUAUGUAUAUGAACUCCUAGGCACCUUGAAAGCACUACCCAAAGUCACAGCGGUCCAUAAGACUGAAAAUGUGUCUUCAUACUACCGUAACCAAGGUAACCAGGUUUUUAAAAACAAAGAUGAUUACAGAGCAUUGCAGUACUAUAAUUUGGCCCUCCUACAUGCCCCUUUGAAGUCAGAAUGUUAUUGCUUAGCUUUAUCCAACAGAUCUGCUGUUUUUCUCUCUCUGAAAAAGUACAAAGAAUGUUUGCAGGACAUCAAAGAAAUACAAACCAUGGAGUAUCCAGAAAAAUUAAAAGAUAAAAUGUUGAAAAGACAGACCACAUGUGAAGAAUAUUUUGCAAAAGAAAAUGAAUUUAUACAUGAAAGUAAUGAUGAAACCACACAAAAAAUACUCAAACUAGAAGGGCCAAGAGAUCCUAGAUUUCCUUGUGCAAGUACUAAAUUAGAAGUGGUCUUCAGUGAGGAAAUGGGUCGUCAUGUUAUUGCAAGAGAGGAUAUUAAAGUCGGAGAAAUUUUAGUUCAAGAAGACCCUUAUUUUACAUUGUUAUUAAAGUCUCAAUUUCUAUUCAGUUGCAGCUAUUGUUUAUCUCGGGAUUUAAAUUUACUACCUUGUACAAAGUGCUGCUUAAGUCUUUACUGUAGUGAGGAGUGCAGAAAGAAAGCAUGGGUGGAGUACCAUGCAGUUGAAUGCUAUUUGAUGGCAACUUUGGUCCAAAUGGACUUUACAAAAUUAGAACUUCUUGCUUUGAGGACAGUGAUUAAAGCUCGUAAUGACCACUCUGAUUGGGAAGGCCUGCUUGAUACCAUCAAAGAGGCUGAACGUAAUAUGAAUAAUGAAUAUCGUGGUCAUGUCAAAGUUGAUGGCGAAUGGGUAUAUGAUUCUCAGUAUUAUCCAUCAAUACAUACUCUAGCCUCCAAUAUAGAGAAGAGGUCAAUAUCUGAUAUCUUCCAAAAGGCGGUUACUGCUGCAGUAUUCUUACACUUUUUGAUUACGAAUACUGAUUUUCUUAAGCCUGAUAAUAAGAGCCAGGAAGAAGCAGUACUUAAUUGUGUUGCUGGGACAUUACUACUGCAUAUUAUGACGAGUCCGACCAAUAUGCAUGGUCUGAGUACGAACAUACAGACUUGGGAUGGCAACUACAUAGAAGAGAUGAGUAUAGCCAGCGCACCUUAUGCUUAUCACAGUCUUUUGAAUCACUCAUGUGCUCCCAAUGUUGUGAGGUUUAGCAAAUUGAGAACAGGACAGAUGACUUUGUACGCUUUAAGACCUAUCAAAAAAGGGAUGCAGUUAUUUGACAACUAUGGGUCACACCAUGCUUUACAAGACAGGCAAAGCCGUCAAGAGGCCUUGAGGUUCCAGUACAAAUUCACAUGUCUCUGUGAAGCAUGUGUUAAUAACUGGCCUACGUAUCUACAAAUGACUCGAUGUAGAAAUGUACCAGCAAACAUCCUGAGAACUAAAGACAAAAUUCUAGAUGCAGAUGCCAUAGACGAGCUACAGAAGGGAGAUCAAGGUACUGCUUUGAAGUUAUAUAAACCUCUAUGCGAAUUGAUUGAAGCUUUAGAGCCGUACGCCCCAUGCGGGGAAUUAGCUGAUUGUCAGGAAUCAGUGAAGCAGUGUUUGACGAUAUUGAGGGGUCUGGUGCCUUAUGGUUAUAGUAAGAUAGUGCAAUGGGAUGCUGUGCCUAAAGUAAAAUAGAUCGUCCACUAGAUUUAUUGAAGUUGUAGAAUUUUGUUUGAGUUUUGAGUGUACUGGGAUAGAAAUAAUUAUCAUAUGCGGGCAAAAA